UUCGCAGAUGUGGGGAGCACACUCCCGUCUGUGGCGAAAGGGCGGCGGUGGUUUGAAGCCGAGAAAGAGAGAGAUGAGGAGGAAUAUGUCGGUGUGAGGACGUCUCUUUGUGUUCACCACAGCGAAGCUCACAGCGCCAGGUGCGUCUCACCAGCCACCUACUAGCCUACUUUCCACCUUUACCACCACUGUCCAGUAGCCAUGGCGACCAGCGCUGUGCCAAGUGACAACCUGCCAACGUACAAGCUGGUGGUGGUGGGGGAUGGUGGUGUUGGCAAGAGUGCCCUCACAAUCCAAUUUUUCCAGAAGAUCUUUGUGCCAGACUAUGAUCCAACGAUAGAGGACUCGUAUCUUAAGCACACAGAGAUAGAUGGACAGUGGGCAAUACUGGAUGUGCUGGACACAGCCGGCCAGGAGGAGUUCAGUGCGAUGAGGGAACAGUACAUGAGGACAGGAGAUGGCUUCCUCAUUGUCUUCUCUGUGACGGACAAGGCCAGCUUUGAACAUGUUGACCGAUUCCAUCAACUCAUACUACGGGUCAAAGACAGGGAGGCCUUCCCCAUGGUGUUGGUGGCAAACAAAGUGGAUUUGGUCCAUCUGAGAAAGGUCACCACUGACCAGGGCCAAGAGAUGGCUGCAAAACAUAAUAUAACUUAUAUUGAAACCAGUGCCAAGGAUCCUCCAAUGAAUGUGGACAAAGCCUUUCAUGAGCUGGUUCGUGUUAUAAGACAACAGGUCCCAGAGCGAAACCAGAAGAAGAAAAAGAAGAUGAAAUGGAGAGCAGAGCGUUCCGCAGGCUCCCACAGGUUCCACUGUGCCAUAUUGUGACCUCCCCCAUCCUGUUAAUCAUUCGUAACGUACACACACCCACAUGCACACCUACAUACCUUUGGGACGUCCCCAAAGGAACUCCCAGCAGUGGUUAACCACUGGAGCACAAAAGUGAGGGGGGUGGGGGGACGGGAGGAGAAGUGAAGCUGAAAUGUUGAACUGAUGUCCCCUCAGCCCUUCACAAUGCCUUGGAAUGAGUGCUAUGCCACCUGUCCUCAAUUUAUGGUCCCUGUCAAAGGUCUUUAGAUUCCUCCCACCUGUAUCCAACACAGAAGUACAGUGUUACUGAACUGUUUCUCAAUCAAGUGUAAUUUUUGAAUUUAAUAUCAAAUGUGGCACAAGAUGACAGACUGUGUGUGGAAAAGCGAAGAGAUCAGAAUCUCCCGGAUGUUGGACAAGGGAGGAAGAACAUGCUGGUCAUCGGCUUUCUGUCCUCACACUCCUCCAUUUUCUGGAAGAAGAGCACCUGUGUGAUCUUUAGAUAUACUGCCUAUGUUCUCUCUUUGUAGAGCGGACAUCAUAAGGGCACGACGGAUGAAUAUGAGAGUGGCGACAGUGAUUUUGGUAGUGAAAAUAGAUGUUGUGUGGUGUUGCCGACAGGCGAACUGCGAGUCAUGGGGGUGUGACGUGUGCCUCGUGGUCAUGUGAUGCUCGGGUUUUGAAAUGUCAGUUCAGAGAGGAUGGAAGGAUGUGUCUUAGCAAGCGAAGGAAAUGCGACGUGAUGCUGAGAAAAUGUGUCAUAUCGGUUGGCAGGUGAACAUUAUCAGCUCGUUGAAUAAGUGUUUAAAUAUUGUAAUUGUAAAAGAAAGUAAGAUUGGUCGGUGUUUGUGGUUCCACUUAAUGUAAACAUAAAGGGGUUCAUACCAACACUGACGGCCAUUUUUACACAUACUCUUAUAAAUGGAUUAUUUUCCCAUCAUAAAAAUGACAGUAUGUGAAAGCCACUUUACAUCAAAUAUUUGAAAAUAAUAAUGGUUGAUUUAGGUUGCCUCUUCAGUCAGUGGUUUGAUGAGUGCAGUCUUCAUCAGUACUGUAUGAACAACAGCCCUUUUUGUCUUUGUGGUCUUAACAGAUUCAAGUUACUUUCCAUGUGUUUUGUAUCUAAAAAAAAUAUAGAAAUUUACAAUUAUAUUUGUGUUUUAAAAGAUCUAAUUAUAGGUGGCAAUGUAAACAAAUUCAAUGCUGUUUUACAAAAGAUCUGUAGGAAAUUCUUGAUGACAUAGAAUAGAUAAGGGAUAGCGAGAGCUUCGUGUUUCCGAUGCGAAACAGGCUGGAGAAGCUGAUUUGCACUGGCCACUAACCAAAAUAAUGUGAUGUCACUUUAUUUCAAUCUUGGGGCUUUUCAGACUUGCACCGCUGAAUUCAGGACAAUGUUAGAAGACGACUCAUGCUCCGUAAAGGACAGCACUCCUUCAGUUUGAGGAUGCGCAGCGUAGCCCUGGGAAUACGUCAGAGUCAGAGGGCCCGUCUGAACCAGGCAGCGUGAUGCUCAGAGGGCUUAAAGCCAUGCUAACCUAGCUACAGACUACGUUUAGUUGUAGGAAAACCACACACUCGAAGCAACAAGACAUUCAGUGUAUUCAUGUUUGUAGCUGUGAGGUGGAUAGGAAUGUACAAUUUAAUAACCUAUGAAAUGGCUUGUACUGUUAACGCACUAAAGUUUCAGUGGACAACUUUUUUUUGUCUGGAUGAAUACCGUCUCUCGAAGGAAUACAUUUUUGCACUUUUAAUACAAUUUCUGACUUUCCUAUUGGCAUGCUGUUUUCUGUUCAAAUCUGUACGUGAAGCGAAAGGCACGGUCAAAAACAAUUUGAAUGUAAAAUCGAAUAACAAAACAAGCAAAUAGGUGAUUAGUGUUGCAGCCCUGUGUGCCUGUGUAUGCCUGUUGCCUUGGCGAUGAUUGUAACAGCGAUCAAAUAAGUUGGAAUUUAAUCAUUGGAAAGGUGUUGAAAGAAAAAUUCUAUAUUACUCAGUUCUGAAUUACGAAGGUCGAAUAUGAAGCAACUCAUUUAUUGAAUGGCGUACAAAUUCACCUCAGCAUGAAAGUGGAAAAUCAACCUCAGCAAAAGAAGGAACACAGUAUUAAUCUACAUCUGCUGUUAAAGGGACUUCACAGAGAGUUUCCAGAGAAGGACACCAAACAUUGAAGUACUGAUCAUUGAGCAAUGAAGCAACAGACUCUGGAUCACAGGGGAGAAAAAAAAAAAAGAAAAAAAAAAUACUGAAUGUGUUUGAUGAAAAUGUUGCAUCAUGUAUGUUUGAUACCAUUUUGUAUUAUUGAUAUGAAUUAUUGAUAUGAUUCUUGCAAAGUGUUUUUUAAACAACUGAAUAAUUUAUUAAUGUCUAUGUUACCUCAGCGUGUCCCAGACCUGGACAAAAAGCUAAACUCCCCCUUUUUUUUUCUUUGGGACUCUCAGUGGGUCGUAGGCCUUUUGCCUUUGAGCCCCCAUAUGAAGAGACCUGUAAUGUGUUGUGGACCAAGAUGAAGACACAGAAUUUGGUCCUGAACUUAAAAAGCAAAUGGAUCUUUUGCUUUGCUGGAGCUCAUGGCCUCACAAGUGAAAAUGUCAUCACACAAGGGUCAAAAUAAGGAAAGUUUGUCGUCCAACUUUAAAUAUGUUUGUUUGUUCAAUGUGAAAUUUCUUAAAGGAAUUGUUGCACAUUUUGGGAAAUACACUUACUCACAGUGUUGAGAGCUAGAUGAGAGCAGUGGUAAUACUUUCAUGUCUGUACACUAAAUAUGAAGCUGCAGCCGGCAUUCAGUUAGCUUAGCGUAAAGACUAGAAACAGAGGGAAACAGCUAGCCUGGCUCUGCCUGAAUGUAACUAGAUCAGCCAACCAGCGACUCUGAAGUUCACUUAUUGAGCAUGUUAUAUUUAGAUUGUUUGAUCUGGAGGAGUCGUGGUUUUAUGUGUGUUUAUGUGCUGGAUUAUUUCUUACCUUUGGACAGGGCUAGCUCUUUCCAGUCUUUAUGCCAAGCUAAGAUACCCGGCAUGCUGGCUUCUUCUUCAUAUCUUCAUAUUUAGUGUACAGCUUUGAGAAAGUUAUCGGCCUUCUUAUUUAACUAUCGAAAACGUGAAUAACUGCAUUCCCACAACUGUCACACAGUUCCUUUAAGCAGACUGAGCUCAUGUACCAGCCAGGUGUCUUCUAGUUGUUUAACUUUUUGGUUUGAGGUCCAAAAUACAGUUUGAAAUCAGAAAGUUACCUUUCUUGAAUUAAUCGUUAUGGCUGGUACAAAGGAACCUGCUGAUUUAUUGCGCCGUCUUCACAUUUCAGGCAGACCAAAUACAAAUGCUGAAAGUGAAUUUAAUGUGUCGGUUGUUUGACCCUGGGUUAUAUGUGAGCUAAAUUGAGCACUUUUGUUUUCAUUAAUUGGAGAGGUAGCAUUCUUUUUUCAACUAGACACCAAGUAUUGUUGAAGUUACGCAGUUGAUUUGAGUUGUGUUUGUCCUGAAAUUUUGUCGGUAUGUAAAGGGCCGUGUACUCUUUAAGUUUGGAUAACAAAAAACAAAAUUUGGAGUUGUCACAGCAGUUGUGUAAUGUGUGUUUUUGGACAGGUCUGUUGUAUUCUAACUGGCUGUGUCAGACUGAGGAGCUAGACGAGGCACAAACAAACUGUGGCCUUUUUAUCUAGCCUCAGGGGUUGAUUAUAUUUCAAUAAAGAAAUACAAGUAUUGUGACUUUA